CACCGGCUCACCCGCGUCGAGACAUCGCACAAUUUCCCUCGACGCCUGAAUAAUUCGAUAAAAAUGCCGAAAAAAGAUGUUAAACAAGUGAAUACUCUAUUGAACUACUUUAAGUCUCCAAAAAGUGUAACACCACAAGCUGAAAGGUCAACACCCAAGGAGAAAUCCGAGCCAACGACUCCAGUACGCGCCCUCAAGGGCCGAGGUAAGGGGAAAGGAAAGGAGAAUAAGGAUGAGGUAAAGGCUACGGCUAAGAAGAGGCCUUUGAAGGCUAGAACACCUGAGCUCGAUGAGGAGGAAGAGGUGAAGAAGGAGGAUGAGGAGGAUGAGAUUGCAGCUAAACCCAAACGCAGGAGGAUCAUCAUCCCUGAGGAGGACUCUGAGGACGGAGGGGACGACAGUGAUGACUACGUGCCUGAAGAGUCUGAGGAAGCUUCUGAAUCAGAGGACAACACAGAAGGGGCAACGGAGAGUUCAUUUGCCACAGAAACAGAAACUGAUGAGGAAACCCCCAAGAAAAAACAGAAAUUAUCAAGAGGAAAAUCAAAUGGGAAAAAUUGGAGGUCGAAGCAGCCUCCAGCAAAGGUCACCUUAAAGGAGGAGUCCUUCCAGCUGCAAAAGACGCCGUCAGUGACAGGGCCCACAACAGGUGGUGACUCCUGGCCGCACCUAAAACUCGACUUCCUGCAGCCUGAGAACCGUCGAGACAAGAACCGUCGUCGCCCCACCGACGAGAACUACGACCCCCGAACCCUCCACGUCCCCGAGGACUUCCUGAACAAGCAGACCCCAGCGAUGCGCCAGUGGUGGGUCCUGAAAUCCCAGCACUUCGACUGCAUUCUCUUCUUCAAAGUCGGUAAGUUCUACGAGCUCUACCACAUGGACGCAGUGACCGGUUCAAACGAGCUGGGCAUCGCCUACAUGAGGGGCGAAUGGGCGCACUCAGGCUUCCCCGAAAUCGCCUACGGUCGUUUCUCCGGAAUUCUCGUGGAGAAGGGCUACAAAGUGGCCAGAAUCGAGCAAACGGAGAACCCCGAGAUGAUGCAGGAGCGAGUGAAGAGGACAGCCAAGUCCACGAAAUUCGAUAAAGUUGUGAAAAGAGAGAUCUGCCAGAUAUCAACACGAGGAACUCGAGUCUCUUCAGUCCAGGACCCGGAGAUAAUCACCCCUGAGAGCAACUACUUGCUGUCCCUCGUGGAGAAAACAGAUGCAAAAACAAAAAUCCCCAAGUUCGGUGUCUGCUUCAUCGACACGAGCAUCGGAGAGUUCCACCUGGGGGAGUUCGAGGACGAUCGUUCCCACUCACGUCUUCUGACCCUCCUCUCGCACUACCUGCCAGUGCACGUGGUCUACGAGAAGGGGAAGCUCUCCCAGGAGACCCUGAAGAUCAUCAACACACUGUUGUCGUCAGCCCUGAAGGAACCCCUCCAGAAAGACGUGCAGUUCUGGUCUGCCUCGAAGACCCUGAAGUUCCUGCACGAGGGUGACUACUUCAAGAGCGAAUCAGGAUCUGAUUUCCAGUGGCCUGAGGGUCUGAAAGCCUUCCUGAACCCUGGGGACUCCCUGGGGCUCACUCCAGACGACGAUAAAGAGCUGGCUGUCAAUGCCCUGGGGGGAUGUGUCUACAUCCUCAAGGAUUUCAUGCUGGAUCAGCAGAUUCUGGGGCAGAAGCACUUCCAGGAGUACAUUCCCCCGGACGUUGUCUUCUCGUCGAGGAAAAUGGAGGAGGGGGCACCAGCUGUCAGCACGAUGGUCCUGGACGCCAUCACAAUCAAUAAUCUGAGGAUUUUGGGGGAGGAUGGUUCCCUGUUGAAGACCCUGGACCACUGCUGCACAGCCUUUGGCAAAAGAUUAUUGAAGGAGUGGAUUUGUCGUCCCUCCUGCCGGAAAAACAUCAUCGUCAGUCGUCAGGAGGCCAUCACAGAGCUCAUGGACAACCCCGACGUCAUCCAGGAAACCAGAAAGUCCAUGAGUCAUCUUCCAGACCUGGAGAGACUUCUGAGUAAAAUUUACACUCAUGGCAGUGCCCAGAAGAUGAAGAAUCAUCCUGAUGGGAGGGCUUUCAUGUUCGAGUCCCAGACGUACUCGAAGAAAAAGAUUUCAGACUUUACGACAGCUCUCGAGGGCUUUGAGAACGCCGUUAAGAUCGCCUCGAGGUUCGAGGAUUUCCAGAGUCCUUUGAUAAAGCGAACUCUGCAGAGGGAUCCCGAGGGGGAGUUUCCGGAUCUCGAGGAGACCCUCGAGUACUUCAAAACAGCUUUCGAUCACGAGAAAGCUAAGAAAGAGGGGAAUAUCGUUCCCAAGGAAGGGGUUGAUGCUGAGUACGAUGAGAUCAUCGAGGAGUUCAGGGCGAUAAAACACGAGAGUAAUUCUUACCUUAAACAGCAGGAGAAGUACUUCGGUGGGAAAGUGACCUUCGCAGGGAAUGAUAAGAAAAGAUUCCAACUGGAGGUGCCUGAGGCCAGGGCCAAGCACGCAGGCUCCUCUCACGAGCUCCAGGGUCAGAGGAAGGGCUUCAAGAAGUACUACACUGCUGAGUGCAGGGAGUUCCUGGCGAGGCAGAUGAAGGCAGAGGAGCAGAGGGAUAAGAUUCUGAAGGACCUCAGCAGGAGGAUCUUCGCCAAGUUCAGUGAGAAGUACGAUCUCUGGAGCUCAGCAGUCUUCAAGAUUGCGACGCUGGACGUCUUGAUUUCUUUCGCUGAAUAUGCCAGGAGUGGGGAGACCUGUGUUCCACAGAUAAAUGAUGAUGAUGAGGUGUUCACGGUAAUCAAGGAGGGAAAGCAUCCCUGCAUUUCAUCAGACAAUUUCGUGCCGAAUGACACUAGUAUUUCAGCCGAGGGAAAUGCAAGUCUGCUGAUUCUCACUGGUCCCAACAUGGGGGGAAAGUCCACUCUGAUGAGACAGGUGGGGCUGAUAACGGUGAUGGCGCAGAUCGGGAGCUACGUGCCUGCUGCAGAGUGCAAACUCACUCUUGUCGACAGGAUUUUCACGAGACUGGGAGCCAGUGAUGAUAUCUUGACUGGUAGGAGCACUUUUCUGGUUGAGCUGAGUGAAACAGCGAUGAUUCUUCAACAUGCCACCAAGAAGUCACUGGUCCUGCUGGAUGAACUGGGCAGGGGGACCUCUACCUACGAUGGAACUGCCAUUGCUGCUGCUGUCGUCGAUGCCCUGACAAAGCUCAAGUGCAGGACACUCUUCUCCACUCAUUAUCACUCACUCGUGGAGGACUUUGAGAAGAAUGAGAAUGUCUCGUUGGGGCACAUGGCUUGUGAGGUGGAGACUGAGGAGGAGGAGGGAAUCUCGGAGGAGACGGUGACGUUUCUUUAUAAGCUGGUGCAGGGGGCCUGUCCCAAGUCUCAUGGGUUCAAUGCUGCUAGGCUGGCGGGGAUCCCUGCGAGCAUCACCAGGAGGGCCAGGGAGAUCGCUGGGAGGUUUGAGAAGGAGGCGAAUCAGAGACAGGUCUUCACGAGCCUCUGCAGGGGAGGGAACGACGUCAACGAGAUUAUUGGGAAGCUCAAGAGCAGUCUUGUUGUUUAAACGUCGAGGUGAUUUUUUUUUGUAUUUUUUUAUUUUUUCAAUUUUUUUUGUCGUUUCAAUAUUCGUUUUGGGAGGAAGAUUUAAGCAAGCUGGUCGAUGGGAAAAUUAUGGGAAUAAUUAGGAAAUUCCAGUGAUCUAAUUAAAAGAUUGAGCAAUUGUUCCCAUGAAUAUUUUUUUGUAUUUCUCUUUUCGUUAGCAUUAAAUCUCGUAAUUUCCGAGAAUUUCCGUAAUGCGCAGGACGCUACAAUUUUUCAUAAUGAUUCAAUCAUUUGUGCUGCUUUCUGGAUUCAAUAUGAUUUGUAGUUACAACCGGAAAUUCAGGGGGAACAUUACUGGGCCAUUAAUAUUCGUCGUUCACUGUUUCAUUGUAUUUAUUUCAUAAAAAUGCCUUGAAAUUCUCAGUAUUUUUUUGUGUUGUUACCACUGUUCUUUAUGUAAUAAUAUUGAUGAGGUACAUUUUAUCAUAAAAAUUUGGA